CAAAACGUGAAAAGAAUAUAAUACAAGAAAUUUCUAGUAAACAAUACCAUUGAUGUUUAUUUUAGAGAGACUUUUUAUGAAGUUUUUAAAACUAGAAUAUAAUUCGCAAUUUCGUUAAAGAUCUUACAGUGGCGUUAAAGAUGAUCGCCGACGAUUGGAUGAAAGUCAAAAGCGAGAAAGAGCAGCACGUGAUGAUAAAAUACGCACAGAAUGCGCGCGUCAUCCUCACCUUUGCAUAUUUUUUCAUGAUAGUCGCAUUAUGUUUGCUCAUCUUUCUACCUUGUUUCGGAACAUCGCUAAGAUACGUAACGAACAUCACCGAUCCGGUCAAGAUCCUGCCGCUACAAACAUAUUAUUUCUAUGACACAGAUCAGAGUCCGUAUUAUGAGCUCACAUUUGUGGCGCAAGCUUUACUACUCAUAAUGGCAGCUACAUGUUACACUGGCGUAGAUAAUCUGCUCGGAUUAUUGGUAUUCCACUUGUGUGGCCAAAUAGAAAAUUUGAAAGAACGAUUGAUCAACAUAAGACAUAAAACCUUUUGCAGUGGUCUUACUUUCAUCAUCGAGGAUCAUAUACGGCUAAUCAAGUUUCGUGUUGAAUUUUGGUAGCAGCGGAAGUUAUGAAAUUUAAUGUGUUCAUCUCCUUAUAUGUUUUUUUAUGCAAUUUUGGAUGUUUCUAGAUUUGAGGAGUCGCUCUAUAUAACUAUAUUCUUUUUUCAGAUAUUUUGACAUUGUUGAGAAUACAUUCAAUAUACUGCUACUCGGAUUGCUGCUUUAUUUCGACAUUUUAUUCUGCCUAUAUGGAUUUUUAAUCGUUGCGGUAAAUCGCAAAAAAGAAAACCCUAGCCUGUCUUUCUUAGAUAGUAUAAUGAAUUUGGACACAAAAAAAGCGAAUUUGUAUUCUCGAAAUUCCAUACAAGUUGCAAAACGCAAAAUCGCAGAAAAA